AGUAAAAAAACCGCGCGCGCGGAGUGCAAAAAAAUACUUCAGGGUCCGAACUCACGCAAUGGAGUGGACCUACACGUUUUUCGUUUUGGUUCUGUCAUUGCUCCCAGAGCUCGGAAGGUGCCAGCAGGGAUGCAGCGAUAUUCCAAACAACCUGCGCUUCGAUUGUUACCCUGAAGAUGGUGCAAGCGAACAGAAUUGUUUGAAUCGUGGCUGUUGCUGGAGGAAACCUUCCAGUGUCGGUGAUGAAGUUCCGCUUGAUAUACCUUACUGUUUUUAUCCCAGUGACUACGGUUAUCAACUAGUGAACAAGGAGAAAACGCAGACAGGAUAUUUGUUAAGUUUGACAAAGAAAGGGCACGCUGGACCUUAUGGCAAUGAUAUCGAAAAUUUGGCCGUGGAUGUGAGAUUUGAAGCUCAAGAUCGACUUCAUUUCAAGGUAUUUGAUCCCAAUAAUAAAAGAUAUGAAGUUCCCAUUGAGACUCCCAAAGUUGAAAAAGAGGCGACUACACUAGACUAUACUGUCAGUGUCACUAAUUUUCCAUUUGGCAUUGCUGUGACACGAAAAUCUACCGGAACUGUUCUUUUCAACAGUUCAGUGGGUGGAAUGGUAUUUGAGAACCAGUUCAUUCAGUUGUCGUCACUAUUACCCUCAAAUGUUCUGUAUGGUUUGGGUGAACAUGUUGUCCCACUACAACUUGACAUUAAUUGGACCAGAUCGACUUUGUUUUCCAGAGACCAGGGAGGCACUCCUGAGGGUCUUGAUAAAAAUUUGUAUGGUGUUUUCCCAUAUUAUCUGUCAAUGGAAAAGGAUGGAAAUGCUCAUGGAAUAUUUCUUUUGAACAGCAAUGCAAUGGAUAUUCUUCUGCAGCCUACUCCUGCUAUAACAUACAGGACCAUUGGAGGAAUUCUUGACUUCUAUGUUUUCCUUGGCCCAACUCCAGAUUUAGUUGUCCAGCAGUUUACAGCAGUGGUAGGUCUUCCAUACAUGCCACCAUACUGGGGUCUAGGGUUUCACCUGUGCCGCUGGGGUUAUGGAAGUUUAAAUGGUACCCAAACAGUGAAUGAAAACAUGAGAAACUAUAGGAUUCCUCAGGACGUCCAGUGGAACGAUAUUGAAUACCUCAAUGAACGUAAAGACUUUUGGGUUGAUCUGGACUGGAGGGGGCUGGGAGACUUUGUGAACAAACUACACAACAGUUACAGUCAGCACUACAUUCCUAUAGUGGAUCCUGCCAUAUGCUCCCAGCAGACAUGGGGUUCUUAUCCUCCUUUUGAUGAUGGACUUGCAAUGGGCAUUUUUAUCAAUGAUUCCAGUGGUGAACUAAUUCAUGGCAAGGUCUGGCCGGGGGAUACUGUAUUUCCAGACUUUACCUACUCAGCAACCCAGGCUUACUGGGAACAGAUGCUUUCGCAUUUUCACGAGGAAGUUGAAUUUGACGGCCUGUGGAUUGACAUGAAUGAACCGUCCAGUUUUGUGGAUGGCUCUGAAAAGGGCUGUCCAGCCGAUUCACCUCUGGACCACCCUCCGUACGUGCCCCAUGUAACAGGAGGGACGCUAUACAGCAAAACACUCUGCAUGUCAGCAAAACAUCACGACUACUCACAUUAUGAUGUGCACAGCUUGUAUGGCCUGUCGGAAAUGGUCCAGACAAUGAGCGCGCUGAAGAAAAUCAGAGGAAAGCGGAGUGUUGUGAUUUCACGUUCAACGUUUCCCAGUGCCGGUCGUCAUGGGGGGCAUUGGUUGGGAGAUAACGCUGCCACCUUCAACGAUUUGUAUCUCUCCAUACCAGGAAUAUUGAACUUCAAUUUGUACGGUAUUCCUCUGGUUGGACCAGAUAUCUGUGGCUUUCAAGGCGCUACUACUAAAGAACUGUGUGCCAGAUGGACGCAGCUAGGCGCCUUCUACCCUUUUUCUAGAAAUCACAAUACAAAGGGUGAUCCUCCCCAGGACCCCGCAGCAUUUGGAGACGAUUUCGCUCGUAUGGCACGUGAUGUGUUAUUGACCCGCUACAGACUCUUGCCAUAUUUGUACACUCUGUUUGCGGAGGCGCACACCACCGGAAGUGCUGUGGCCAGGGCUCUUUUCUACGAGUUUCCAAACGACAAAGAAACGUAUCCUAUGGACAAGCAGUUCCUUCUUGGACCGGCCUUGCUUAUAACACCAGUCUUAGUUCAGGGAUCCACCUCAGUUAAAGGUUAUUUCCCAGAUGCCACAUGGUAUGACGGUUUGGAUGGGUCCAUUCUACAAACCUCUGGGGGAGGGGGUCAGUAUCACACGCUGUCAGCCCCCUGGGAUAAAAUCAACUUCCAUUUUAGAGGAGGACAUGUCAUUACAACACAACAGCCAAAUAUCACCACUUAUUACAGGUAAAAUAACCAACGAUAAUGGAAAGUGCUGUGACCAAAUGACCACGUGACCACGUUGGACUCUGGAUCGAGAGGGUCUGGGAUUGAGCGCUGGACGGUCUUCCGUUAUGUCUUCGUAAAAUAUGGGCGUGACGCUUCAUCCCCACCGCUGCCGUGGUGGCGGAAGAGAGAAAAAAUUAAGAAGGCGUUUUUAUUUCUGGAAUCGCGCAAGUAUUGACGGAAUAAAAUAUUUUGUCGUUGGUGAUUCUUGCCGAUCUGUUCUCCUUAGGACGCUGAAAAACAGGAUACAAAACAGCUGCAAGACGAUAACAAAGAAACAAGAAAAUUCACGAGCCUCUUCUUUAGACUGAGACAAGAUUGCCCUCAACUACACUUUGUAGUCACUGAGUUUUCAACUUCAUUUGACCGUUUCACUAGUUUGUCUUUCUGUCCUGUACCUUAUGUAACUCAAUACCAUAUUUUAGGAACUUUCUUCUUCCCAUUAUUUGAGCUGGAAAGCAGUAAGAAUGCGCGUUUGAACGCAGAACGAAAACUGUUUCUGCGCCAGCGAGUUAAUGUUUGAUUGUUCUGUUG